UCAAUGUUCAGACCACUACGGUUGCAUUUUAAUGGGGCUCAGCAUCACAUAGGUGACGAGAUAGCAAUUGGGAUGGGCAUCUGAGCAGAAGUGCGGACCUUUAAGAUGAUUCUGAGCAGAGGUUAUAAAAAACACCAUGAGGCUUUUGCCUCUCGCUUUCCCAAAACAGACCAAGGAGAACUGACAGUUGGACAAUGAAGUCCUGGCUCCUAGUUAUCUCAUGUACAUCAAGGACUACAAAUCCCAUCUGAUCUCAACUGCAUUAUGGCGGCCAGACCAAUGGAUCUCAUAGAGCCACUGGAGGGUGAAGAUGUGGGGGAGGAAUUUUCAAGGAAGAAAAAAUCCAAAUUUCAGAGUUUUAAGAACUUCUUUGCCAAGAAGAAGAAAAACAGAGAGGUGCCAUCUCCCCUGGGAGAGGCCAAACUGAAGCCGAGCCAAUCCAGUAGUGACCUCAGUGCCCCUAACCUCAACUCCAGUGUUCUCCAUUUGCCAACUGAGCCAGGAUCCAAAGGGAGCAUGGGAAACAAAGCCUUAUCGCAUGACAGUGUCUUCAUUUUUGAAUCAUUACCAGAUGUAGCAGACAAAACAUGCUCACAAGAAAACCUUCCAGGGAAUGUGAAAGCCUUGCAGCUUCGGUUACAGGAGAACAUCCAGCUUGGUUCACCCCCUCUUAUCAUAACUUGCAAAAAACCAGAAGACGCGGGUGCCAUUUCAGAAGAUGAUGGGUUACCCAGAAGCCCUCCAGAAAUCUCCACCCUUCAUGACAUCCUGACCUGCUCUACAAAUAAAUCUUCCAACCCUGUCCAGCGCCAUAGCUCUUUGAGUUUAGGUGGGACAGACAGUGAAGAUGACCAGGUCACCUCAGACUCCAUCUCCAGGCCGCUUAGCCCAGUCUCCCCAUCAAUUCUUGGGAGUCCUGCCUUGCCAACUGGCCACUCGCUUCCUGUUGAUUUUAACAGCCCCGCCACUCCGUUGGGCUGCCUAGACACUUCAGCAGCCCGGCACAAGAUGGCAGUGAAUCCACGGAAGCAGAAAGCCUUUGCCUACAAAACCCCAAGUCUUUUGAUGGAACCGCUGGAGAAGGAGCAAUGCUCUCUCAGAACUGGUGAAGGAAAAUCAAGCCACACAAAAUCACUUGAAGGUGCAGGCAACCAAGAAAAAGACUGGAAAGGCCUAACCUCCCAGAAUGCAAAUAUCUCAAGUGGAAGUUGGACUACUGAUAUUCUACCCAUGACCAGAGUUACUGAUGCUUUGCGUUAUUCUUGGAAUGCUGGCCCUGGAGCAGAUGGGAAUUGGGUCCUGGAUUUGGAGACCCAGAGCCAUGUGAAAAAGGAGACUGAUAUGCCUUUGGACAGUCAGCCUGAAGACCUAACAAAAGAAGGUAUGGCAGAGGAAGGAGUAAAAAGAACUGGGCAUACAACUGAUGACCUCAAGCUGAAUCGACACAAUUCCGAGGAAGAGGUCAUUGAAACUUUUGCAUCUUUACAGCCUGAGGCAGAAACCACUGGACUUUGUGGUUCAUCAUUUUCUGCUGUGCAUGGGGAUGUUACAGGACUGGACCAUGAUCUACCAGCAGAACCUAUUCCUGCAUCCCAUCCACAACCAGUAGAUCAAGAAGCAAAAGACUCUAGAAAUGGCAGUGAUGCAAAACAUUGUGUUAGCGCUGAAGAUAGUGAGAACAGUUCUCUUAGCCCUGAGCCUGAUUCGGUUUCAGAGACAGACAAGGCCAUGGUUUCAACCUGUGAAAACAUUCCAGCUGUCAAAGAAGCAGAACAGACUGUGAAUGUGGAAAUUCAGUUUUUUGAAGUCCGUACGCAGCUAGCUGCUUCCCCAGAGUUGGCCAUAUUCAAUGCCAAAAUAGAAGAACUUCCACUUCAGAUUGCAGCAUGUGAAAAACUGUUUUUCUCGACAGAUCUUUGUCACUCUCCUUUGAGCAAUAGCUCAGGAAGGCAGGAAGCAAACCUUUCUCAAAAAUCAGGUCACCUUUCUUCAGCUGUCCCAAGACCUGCUGAGAUUGCUUCUAAAAGCAGCCUUCUUGAUAAUGAUGCUGGGGAUCAGUCAGGAAGCAUGGAAGUGGUGGAAGAAAGCAAAGCUUCAGAUGAGGUUGUCCAGACACAGACAAAAUCAAUUUCUGCCAAGCCAGUCAGGUUCACUAUUGCUCCAGCUUGGCAGAGGUCUCUCUCAGGAGGUUCAGGUUCUGUGGACAGCACUUGCCCUAGAAGCUCUCCUUCUUCUCCCAUAAAGCCAGAACUGUUUGAAGGAAUACCUCAGUUAGACUUAGAUUUGCCAGGGUGUUUAUUUAGCAGCCCAGAAAGACUUGAUAAGGGUGAUAGAAACACACAUUCUGCAACUGAGCAGCCCAAGGAGGAAUUGCAGGGCCGUGAGAGCCCAUUUGGGGUUAAGCUGAGGAGAACAUCUUCUUUACUCAAAUACCAAACAGAAAAGCAGCGACAGGAGCCACCAAAGAAGUUUCCGUCGUCAGUUUCUGGACCCUCCUCUGUCUUUGUCAAAGAUGAGCCAAAGUCACCAGUUUCUGAAACUCCAGCUCCAAAGAUUAUAGGUAGCACUAAAGCUGUGCUUGCAAAAUCUGGCUUCCAGGAAGAGAAGACUCCCCUCAAGGCCAAACCAGAGGAAGGGAUGACAAAGCAGCUGAUAAGCAAACCUUCAGACCAAAGCCCAGCAGCACCUUUGGAAACCCCAUCAUCAGAACCAGCAUGGAUUUCAAUGGCAAAGCUAAAGAGGAGAGGUUUCCAGGGCCAUCCUCUUGCCAAAGGGCAAAAAACAGACGAGGACCUCAUAACCAAAGCAGAACAAGAGGAGAAAAAGCAUGCUUGUAUUUCACAGCUGGAAAAGCAGCUGAAUCUUACUGGUCAGAACUUACUGAAAAGCAGCAGCCCUUACCAUCUGUGUGCACUUGAGAGUAAAAUACAACCAAAGAUGACAAUAUCAGCUACAAAAGUAAGGCCUAUCAGAGCAGCCUCUCAGGAAGUCCAUCACGUGGAAAAAGAAGUGAGGACACUGCCAAGCCUGCCUCUCUCAUCAUGUAGUCCUGCUGAACCACCCUGGCUUUCUCUGGCCAAGAAAAAGGCCAAAGCUUGGAGUGAGAUGCCUCAAAUUGUGCAGUAACCAUCCAGGAGACCCUUGUCCACACUGCCAAUAGUUGAAUUACUAAUGUAUACUAAUGGCUUCAUUGGGAACGUUGUUUUUUAGAGGUUUAAUGGGAUGAAUGGGAUAGUUUGCUGACAGCAGCGGAAGGAGGAAGUGAAAGGGAACAAAGGAGCCAUCUUUUAACAUGUAGCCAUCCUAAAAAGAAUUUCUGCCACAUGUUUAGCCUGAGGGUAACCCCUGGAAUUGAUACACUGAAUGUUUUCACUGUGAUGAAAUUAAUGCUCCAGGAAUGGUCAGCUGUAUGUCAUAAGGUCAGAGACUCACCAAGAAGGAUCUAGAAGGUUUAUCACUCUUUCUCCUUCCAAAGACAAUAUUUUCAAGGCACUGUGAACAGUAAUCCUCCAGCAAAUAGCCUGCACCAGAAUUUUGGAGUUGCCUACUUUCCUAUGAAAUCUGGAUUGAAUGGCUGAAGAUAAGAAUGGAUGUCAAGCUGUUGCUUUUGUUGGGUCUCCAAAGUUCAUUUCUUCACCACAAGCACAACAUCAGUGCCAGCACUGGUGCCUAUUAUUCACAUGUCAGAUGCUGACCACAACAUUUUUAUAUCUACUGCUCCUUCACUUUCUAUUGAACAAGACAUGGUAGUACAAGGGGAUCCACAGUGCAAAUUGAUGUAGAUGUUUCCAAUAUGCUCCUCCAUCUAGUGCUAGGGAGGGAAUUUUUUGAACUCUGUUCCAGGGGUAGGCAACCUUUUUGAGCUGGGGACGGGGUUGCUGUUUCUCAGGCGACUGGGGGGCCGAAGCUGGGGGUGGAGCUUCAACCCUCUGGGGUGGGGCC